ACACUUUCACAACUUCUCUCCUCUAUUUAUACACACAGCCAACCAACCACUCAAACCCAAUUCUGUAGCUCACACAGAUACUUCUAAGACUUUCUAAGCUCUCUGCCACAAAAUAUUCUCGUAGUAUAAUUAUCAACCACACUCAAAAACCAAUUUAAAAUUUGCAAAAACCCCCAUUAAAGAUUCUUUUUGCUGCUUUUGCAAAGAUUUCCACUUUCACAAAAAUGGGUCGAUUCAGAUUUUUCUUCUCUUACUUUUUGCUACUAGGGGUCUUGUAUUUUCAAGAAGUGGCAGAGGGAUCUACAACAAGAAGUAUUGCACUAGCAUAUCCAAGAAAACUGAUGGUCCAUAGAGCUUUGUUGUCAACAACAAGUACUGAGAGUAACAUAGCAGAUGCACCUGGUGAAAAUGAAGUUGAAAAAGGACCUUCCAUUGGAGAAUUAGCACCAGAGAGUAUUGAAAGAGAGCAUCAUCAUUCAGAUAAGUCAGUUGCUGGUGGAGGGGUUAUUAUUGGUGGUCUUGUUACUGCCAUUUUUGCUGCUGUUUAUUGCUACAUUCGUGUAACUAGAAAGAGAGAUGGAGAAUAUUAAAGCACCGGUAAAAUUAAAUUAUAGAAUAGGAGUAUUAUUUUAGUCAGACAAAAUUUGUGAAUAGUUUAGCUUAGGGGUUGCUUAUAAGUAUCAUAUUAAUUUGUUGGUUCUUGAUAUAGGAAAUAGAUAGGAAAUUUUUGUGUGAGAAACUUCGGAUGCUGAACAUGGGAAAUUAAUUACAUACAAUUUAAGGAUGUUUGGAGCUAAAUUUGUCCCUCUGUGUAUGAAGUAGAGCUGAAUAGUUGAAUAUAACUACUAUACUUGACUGAAUAUAAUGUAUUCCCGUGGAAUGCGCCUUAAUUCAAGAGAAGUUGUUAAUGGACUGUCCAAUGUUAUUUUGAAGGAACAUUCUUCUCCUUUUAUUUUCUCGUUAAA